UUCACCCUCAGUCACAGUGACUAUAACGCAGGAGACAGACGGUUCCAGUUGGAGCUAAGGACUAACGAAGGCUAGAAAGCCGUGGGCAUACUGGAUGAUAACAUCGUUUUCUCCAGCAAAGGAUUACUUUAUGAAAGACUUAGUAAAUGUAUUACUAAACAUGCAGAUCGCUACGUUAGUCGUUACAAGAAAAAGUAAUCUAAGUUUGUUGCCGGCAUAAUGAAUCUUGAUCAAAGUGACGAAUAUUUUUGCUUUACGGAAGUACUAGGACUUCAAUGAGGCGGAUCGCAUGCAACGAAUGCGAGCACUUAAAGGCAGCAAGUGUGCGUCGGCGUUUCCAUGGUUGCAUGGCCGCGAAGCACUGAGUGGAAAUCCGUGGCGUACCCAGGAAUGCCCUCUGCAGACAUUUUGACUUUUGUAACGCGGGUGUAGGCUAAUCAAUAAUAAACAUACUAAUGAUGAUGGCCGCGAUCUAUGUAGGCGUGUAUCGCACUGUCAGCGCCUAAUUGUACAGCUGCAGUGUUUGUAGGUAAUCACAGACCAUCAUCUUGAUGAAGCAGACUGUCCACCUACGACACAAACACGGAUAAAGGACUCAAACGUGAGAGUAUGUGUCAGGUGCUGAACACUGAGCAAGAAGAGCAUCCUUUUCCAAGACAAGCACUUCUGGCCUACAAGUAGGGCUCUAUGGAGUCCAAUACAGAGAAUUUGGCCCAAGAGAUAGCUUAUCAACAACAGCUACCAAUGUCUGUUGAUCAAAACAAAUACAUCCUACCUCAGAAGGAGAAUGCUGACAGCCUACAGCAUGGAGAUGGAAAGGAUGAAGAUGCAACUGAUGAGGAAACUGAAGAUCUUCAUGUCUAUGAUAGCCUGGAAGUAGUAGCACCCCCCCAUACCAAGUGGAAUCCCACCCUGUUACAGAGUGAAUAUAUGGAUGCACAAAUGUAUGAAAGAGAGGGAACAAGCCAGCUGGUUUCUGAUGAUGCCUACUAUGACCCCAAAUGGAGGACCAACCUGAAGGGAGCUGGAUGCUUCAAUGAGAGUCCACAGGUUUCCAUCGAGGAAUAUUACGAAGUCCCGAAAGAUAUAUCUCAUCAGACAUGUGCUGACAGACAGGGGCUGAUAAUGAGAGGAGGAUACAGAUAUAUUGUUGACACAAGUUCAGCUGUUAUGGUGACCCCUAGUAUGGCUGUCAAUAAGUCUGAAGAGCCAUACCACCUACAUCAACAAGAUGGUCAGAAUAACACAGUAAUGAGUUCCCACAACCAAGCUUUGCAUUUUAUAUCCCCUGAGACUGAACUUUCAAGGCCAACAAGCAUUUUCACCAAUAAUAAAAGUGAAAACAGAUCUUUACAGAGAGGAUUCAGACAGACAUUUGAAAAUAGCUGUGACAGUGCUGGUGACAAUGUAAGCAUGUCUCCUGAACUGAAAGAGGAUGUACAUGCUAGGUACUUUCAAGACCAGCGAGGACUGAGAAACACACAAGGAGGACCCAGUCAAACACAGGGUAUGAACACACCUGUAUUGUCGAGUCCUAAGGUUUCAUCAAACAAAAAAUUAGAAAGACUCACAGACAACAUAGUGGAGCGGAACAAAAUAACUCUGGGGUACAACACAUCCAAAUAUGGCUCGUAUGCAAUGGUGCAUGCACAAAAGGAAGGCAUUCCUCACAGUGUGAAUAAGGUGCAUGAAACUCUGAAGGAGACGGCCAUCACAGAACAUCAAAAGGACAGUACAGACCUCAAGCUGUGGUGGCUCCGGAAAACAAAGCAGUUGAGGGUAACCCAGAUCGGCAAAGGGAAGAAAGUCCAGUGGAAAGAAUACCCCAACCCCCCUCAACAGCAGCAGCCACCUGCCAUAGGGGUCAGUGCUGAGUGGGGAGGCAGUCUGAGUUAUCCAUUAGCAAGACCCAUCGCUGGAACUCAGGCAAAACCUCAGAAGAUGACUUCAUCACAGCCUUUGCCCCACACUGUCCACCUCAACAUCAACCUCAGCACUUCAUCCCAUUUCCUUCCAUUACUCCAACAGAGGGGCCAAGAUACAGUCAUCAAUGUAGCAUCUCCUCAUGAUGCUCCUCAGUUGAGCCCCACAACUGAAGCUGAGAUUGCAUUGUCCCAUGGGAAAACUGCACUACAUUGUCCAUUAUUCUUUGUGGGGAAAGACCAGAAGUGGAGCUCAAAUGAGGUUCACAGUACACUAUUUCCACAAAGCCUCCCCAGGACACCCACCACCACUUUGUCAAUGUGUUCAGGCUCCUACACAGUUCUGCCCCCGAUCGGAAAGCCAAUUACAGGAAAAGAGUCUGAGUUGAGCCCCUGUCAGAGUGUGAGCACAGCCUAUCCAAUCCAUAGAAGUAACUCUGAUGGCUACCUGGUUCAGAUGGAGAAACAGAAGCAGCUGAGGGCAAAGGUCACUUAUAAGGCAUACAGUCUUAAAGACUACAAGCAGCUGAAGUCAGACAUAAAUCUGCAAGGCCUGGGUCCUGAUUACAAAGCCACUGAAAAAACAGUUGAGAAAAUGAAACGACAGAGGCUGUAUUCAAUUGUUAUCCGCGAGCAGAACAGAGGGAUGAGUAGGAUUCCAUUUCUACCAGCCAAGGACCCAGAAGUCGAUGACAAGAACGUACCCAGGAUGAGGGCCUUAGAAUAUGCGAAGACCAUAGAAAAGCCCCCUGUACAGUUUGAACCAAAACAGAGACAGAAACACCAGUCUAAAGGCUUCACUGAGUGCACUCCUUUCUUGGAGGACUUGGACAUGUCCCAGCCAGCGCCACUGGACGUCCUUAGAAAACGGCAUGAAGAAGAAAAGAAGGCUGUGGCUCUCUUCAGAAAAGUACAUGGUGUCUGAAGGCAAGGUGCAUUUCACUUAAAUAUAAAGAGUAAUUGUAUUAAGAUGUUAAAUUAAUAUACACUGUGAUGUAUGAAACUAUAAAGCCACCUAUGCCAAAAUAACACAUUGGUAUCUUCAAUAUUUAAUUGUAAUAAUUUAUGUCAUGGUUACAUUGUGUCCUGUCUUGUUGAAAUAUUAAAGUGAAACUCUUGUGAAAAUGCA